CGUGUCGCUUCGUCACCGUUUCUAUUUAAGUCAUGCAAAAGUUGUAAUAAAAAAGAAGGAGCAUUUUGCAGCGCAGAGGUGAUAAAAAGACCGAUUUCUUUUCCCGCUGCCGUGCACGUAAAAGCUUUCAUUACGCGCCUGUAUUAACGUCGACAUUUGGAUUUAUGGCUCAGCAGCUGCAGAGCAUUCAGCAAAGGCAUGAUGAUUGUUGUAGGAAGUGUCAGGCGUUUUUUUUUCUCCCCCCUCCUCAAGCCGGGCUAUUCAAACCUGCAAAUCAAAGUAAACAAUCGUUCGUACGCUUAAUGCAAAUAUGCCACAUCCCGACGCAUCGCACGAAGCGUUUGAUUGCAUCCGGAGAAUCGUCUCCUUAUAAUAUUCGGAUCUGCAGAAUAUGGCGUCCAGUGCUUAUAAAAAUAAGACAGGGCUGCCAUUUUUGUUUUCCUUUUGUCUGAAAUUUUUUAAUAAACUGUCUGAGAAUGUGGGAGAGGCGGCGAACAGACCGAGGGCGCUGCGGAGGAUCGUUUCUCUCUCUGGAGGAGGAGAUGCUCUUAUUUAAAACCUGCUCGGGUUCACAUUGAAACAUCUUUCAAACGUUUCUGUUUCUUUGGGGUUUUUUUUUUUUUUUUUUUUUUAAACGGAGGAAUAAUACAGCACAGCAGGAUGGCUGAACCUCGCUUUAACAAUCCCUAUUUCUGGCCUCCACCUCCUGCUAUGCCCGGUCAGCUGGAUAACCUAGUCUUGAUCAAUAAAAUCAAGGAGCAGCUGAUGGCAGAGAAGAUCAGACCGCCACAUCUGCCCGCUGCCUCAGCCCCUUCCCAGCAGCCCUUACUGGCUCCUUCCAACCAAGUAGACGGCGGCCAGCACGGGAUGUCUAAAGCCCAGCAGAUGCAGGUUCUCCACAGCCACAGCCCGUCUCAGCCCGAUAUCGCCCUGCACGCCCGCCCCGCCUCCAGCUCAGUCACAGGUCGCAUUCUUGGGGAUGUAAAUUUGAAUCUGGACGAUAAGGCAGCUAUAAAAGCCAGAGGAUUAUGGGAAGACUGGCAUCUUCGUCAACUUAUCGACCAUCCUUCCAGAACGAACCACGUCUCAGGUGUGGCGCUGGCAUCCAGAACAGGUAACCUCAACACCUCAGAGAUCAUCACUCCCACCACACCCACCUCCAGCAGCCACAGCCGGCUGGGAGGAGCCCCCACACCUCACCUCAUCUCAGGGUUAGCCUGCAGCCACGGGAUGGAGCCUGGGAAAAACAACGGGGGCCUCGUGGGGCUCCUUGGCCCUCCUCCGAAGGAGGAACGAGGGCGUAAGAAGAUCAAAGCAGAGAACGGGUCUUCUCUUUUGGUGGUGCCCUACCCAAUCCUAGCCUCAGGCAAUGACCAGUCCUGUGUCACCAUCACUGCCAAAGAGGGGAAAACCUACAGGUGUAAAGUUUGUCCACUGACCUUCUUCUCCAAGUCAGACAUGCAGAUUCACUCCAAAACGCACACAGAGGCAAAGGCUCACAAGUGUCCUCAUUGCACUAAGUCCUUUGCAAACGCAUCAUACCUGGCCCAGCACCUGCGCAUACACCUGGGCGUCAAACCGUACCGCUGCUCCUACUGUGAGAAAUGUUUUCGCCAGCUCUCCCAUCUGCAGCAGCACACCAGAAUCCACACAGGCGAUCGGCCGUAUAAAUGUGCCCAUCCAGGGUGCGAAAAAGCUUUCACUCAGCUGUCUAAUCUGCAGUCCCACCAGAGGCAGCACAACAAAGACAAGCCUUUCAAAUGUUCCAACUGUUACCGUGCCUAUUCAGACUCUGCCUCGCUGCAGAUCCACCUGUCUGCACAUGCCAUCAAAAACGCCAAGGCCUACUGCUGCAGCAUGUGCGGCCGAGCGUACACGUCGGAGACGUACCUUAUGAAGCACAUGUCCAAACACACAAUGGUAGAACAUGUGGUGUCCCAUCACUCCCCUCACCACAGGACAGACUCUCCUUCCAUCCCUAUACGGAUCGCCCUCAUCUGAGCGCUAAACCCAUUUCCUGCCCUUCCAUCAGAGACAUUUCCUGUGAUAUCUGCGCUCCUCUGAUGGACUUUGAACCCACUAAUGGGUUCCAAAAAUGUGCCAGAUUGUACAAGUAUCUUGUGAAGAGGUGCUCUUUUAUUGAGUAUAUCCUCCUUUUCUUUCAUGCUGACCAGAUAGUAUUAUUGGGGACAUCCAAAGAUGACUUCUCAGCACUUUCAGGCCUGGAAAUGACAGGCCUUAAAAUUUCUUUUUCUAUGUGACUUCACAGAAAAAAAAAUGCUCCGGGCAGCUACAUUAAAAAUCUUUUUAACUUUUUGUGUUACAACAAAUUACAUUGUCUUUUUUAUAUGGUCCUUAUUUUACUUUCUUUACUCAAGUCUUUGCAAACAAAAAUAUAUUUGCAUCAGAAAUAGUCUUCCGUUAGCUGGGUUGCCAAGUGAACAUAAAGGUGAAUGCUUAUAUAAAGUGUAUUCAUGUAUAACGUGCCACUUUUUAUGUCAGUGUUUGCAAUGUUUCAUCAAUCACGUGGCCAUAAUGCACACGUAAAUUAUGUGUCAACAUUUUUGUUCGAGUCAUUUUCACUCUACUGCCAACAUCGCCCUGAACGGGAUGCGUGACUCACAAUUAGAUGGACAUAUUUUCUUUUACAUAUAUUUUGUAAUGUUAUGAUAUAUGCUCAAGGCAGUCCUCAAGCUUAAUCUGGACAAGUUUAAAAAACCUGUUUCAAAAUAAUCAUCCCACAAACCUGAAAAACUGAACUGAAACUUUAACUGAGUCAUUGAAAGAGAGAGCUUCUGCUUUCAAAUACUGAGUGAAUGUGUGUUUUUGUAGAAUCAAAACCCCAUGAAAAUCCAAUAAUUUAUAGCAUUUAUUUUGCCAAAUUCACCACAAUAUUUAUGAUUAUUGUUAAUAUUAGAUUGAAUGAUGCACUCAGUGCUUUUUUUCCCCCACUUUGUAUUUGACUGGGUGUGCAAAUAAUAAAUAUUAGACUGAAAUGCACCACCUCUCUGCUGCUGCCACACAGACAGAUGUGUUACUGCCCUGGAAUUAAUGGUUCUGGGUUUUCAGAUAUAACUGAAGUAUCACACUUCUUUGAAUACUCCUUUUGCCAUUGUUUUAUGAAUGAACCCCUUCCAUUUUAUAUGCAUUUAAGCCUUAACUUUGUUACAACUCUAGGGUCCACGCUCGUUUUAUCACUUUACAUUUGCCUUUUAUGUCAUAGCAUGAUAAAUACUGUAAAUGAACUAUAUUAACUGUCAACCUGUUUUAUAAUAAAUAAUUCUAUAAUGGUAGAUUUUUUUUUUUCCUGGCGGCACAUAAACAAAAUCAAAGCUUGCAAGGAAAUUAAAAUUCCUAGUGAAUGCUUUCACAUACGUGAUAACUUUGAUGUUUUGUUACUGAGUGGAAACUCAAAAAAAGAAAUGAAAGCAUACUAUUUAUCCUAUGAAAGGAUACUAUUUUAGCAACCUUCAUAAUGCUGAUGAAUAAAAUGUCACACAGUU